CUUUAAACUGAGCUUCAACAGCAAAUCUGCUAUUUGCACAUAAACCCAAAGUGGACUUUGAGAGGAAGUCAAGCUUGUCGUACUCUAGUCAAAGGGUAACAUUUGAUAUAAUCUCACGACACAAACCGAGAACCACACUGAAGCAGAAAAUGGCUUUUAGAGCGGACGCCACUGCAGCGUCUUGUUCAAAAGCUCUCACAGCUUUUGUUGAAGAUGGAAAAGCUCUGCUGGACCUCGCCAAGAAGGAGAGCGGUGAAGGCUCACUACUGGAAUUCAUCAGGCAGAAAAUCCGCAUAGAGCAACAACAGUCACUGCUGGGUCUGAUUGAAGCUGGUGCAGCUUUGUACAGAAGUUUGUGUGUUCAAAGGAAAAAGGAUGCAGAGGACCUGUGGAGAAAAAGCACUCACCGUGCAACUCUGCAGGGCGCUUUGCAGGACUUUCAGGAAUUAGAAGUGCAGUGGGAUGCCUUUCUGCAACAUUUGGAUGAUGAGUUACAGCUAGCUGUUCAAACACUGGAUGAUACCGAGCAGAUCAAAUGUAUUUCACCUGAUACAUCUCUAAUCGACGCCAGAACAGGAGAAAAAGUGACGUUAGAGAAAUAUUUUGGGAGAGGUCAAAAGAUCCUGCUGGUGUUGAUCCGUCAGUUCUCCUGUCUACUGUGCCGUCUCCAUCUGAAAGAGCUGGAGAAACAUCAGUGCUCCCUGGAUUCACACUCAAUUCAAGUGUUGGUCAUUUCAUUUGGCUGUCAGGAGGGAGCUUCACACUGGCUGAAGGAGACCGGCUGUCAGUACGACAUGCUUUUGGAUUCUGACAGAAAGAUGUACACGGCAUUCGGCCUUGGAGCAUCGUUGAAGAAAGUGUUGAGCUUCAGUAACAUGCUGCUCUAUGCUGAAUAUGUGGUGGACAACAUGGAAUUUCCAAGAGGCCUUCCCUCCAUUCAAGACGACAUGUUUCAGCUGGGAGGCGACUUUGUUUUGGACGAACAUGGGAGGGUGCUGUUCUCUCACUGCUGUCAGAGUCCCAUAGACAGACCCUCAGUGGAGGACAUUUUAUCUGGACAAUAAAAAUAUAACACUCCUUAAUGAACAAUACUGGUUAAAUUUAGGAGAACAGAAACAGGUUUUUUCAACCGAAAACAUCUUGUACCAGUGUCAAAAAUAAGAGUUUGUUUUGCCAAGCUGUAAGCUGAUGCUAGGAAAAUCAGCCUAAUGCAAAAAAGAGAAAGGUUUAAUCUAUACAAAAUAAUAAUGAGCAAAUAAAGUCUUCCUUCUUAAACAAAAUGUAUUAUCCCAUUUCAAAUAAAUUGUGGAUUCAAUUGAAUUUAACACAAGUAUUUUAAUGAUAGCUGAGCAAAAUACAUAUGUAUUGAAUCUUUCCAUUUCUACUGGGGUUAUUCCUCAGGUCUAGAAGAACACUCAUAUAGUCCCACUGCAUAAGGGUGUGGAUAAAACAAAUUUAAAUAACUAUUGGCCCAUUUCAAAACUAUUGUGUGUGGAUAAGGUCUUAGAAACAUUAGAUAAGUAUCAGCUCAAAUCAUUACUCUGUAGUCCUAUCUUGGGUCCAAAUCAAUCUGGCGUUGGAGCUAAUCCCACUGUUUGUCUUUCACUUAUAUGUUAUACAAGAGACAGCAAUGUGUGUUUGACGUGAUAAUCAUUCUGUGGGUUUGCCAUUGUCAGAAGGGGUUCCACAAGGUUCAAUACUGGGUCCUUAUUUAUUUACAAUGUAUGUCAACAAUAUUACUUCUGCUAUCACAAAUUGUAACACCCAUCUUUAUGUUGAUGAUACAGUUCUGUACUGCUUUGCUAACGCUGCAUAUUCAGCCAUGGAAAUCUCCCAGCAAGCAUUCGAUCAAUCAAUAAAAACUUUUUUUGUUUAAUCUGAAA